AUGGACGAUCCCGCCGAAAUUCUACACGACGAUUCGAUUGCUGGCAUCCUUUUCGAUGAUGGAAUUGAUGGUUUGGAUUUGGAGGUGAUUUUCUCGCUGCUAAUAACACUUAUCGUUGGUUUUGUUAUAAUCGGCAGGUUUUUGACGAAUUUAUAGUGAGUCUCAUCAUAUUUACACUCAAAAUACCGGGAAAAUUUCCGAAUUUUCAGUCGAAAUCGUUUCUGGAAUCGAGGCGGCAAUGGAAUCCAUCCGGAUCAUCGAGAAAAUGUCAACGGUUUUCGUGAGACCGAAGAGCAAAAAUUGGAGAGACAAGCAGCUACAAGAAGACGAAUAGAAGAGGCUAAACAACAGGCAAAUCAUGAAUGCCCGAUUUGUUUGGGCGAAGCCGAAUUUUCGGUUUUGACUGAUUGCGGACACGUUUUCUGCUGUCGAUGUAUUAUUGGAUAUUGGCAGCAUAGUAAGCCGAUUGUGAAACCCGUAGAUUGUGCGAUUUGCAGGACAACGGUGAGAUUUUGAGAGGAUUUGGUACAAAAUCUGGUUUUUUUAAAGGUUUUCUGACCUAGAUUUUGAGCUAGAAACUCUGAAAUUCAUGAUUUCACGUCUCAAGACGUUUCAGGUCACGUCUGAAAAUCUUAAUUUUUUCAAUUACUAGAAAAAAUACAAACCUUUUAUCAAAAAAUGAAUCUUUGUCCGAUAGAAGUUGAAGAAAAAACACAAAACAAUAUAAAAAUAAUAUAAAAAAUGAAAAAAAAAAAAUUUUGAGGGAUUUUCCUCUUUUUCCACAAGUCCUGGCUUGUGAGCAACUCUCGUCUCAAAUUAUACAUUACCCCUAUAACUUACCUGUACCCCAAACUCACCUUAUAUAAUUUAACACAAAUCCCUGUGUUCUCUCACCCAAAACCAAACCCAAAACCCAUUAAACUAACCUCUACAUGAGUUGCAGUUGUAUAAGAUCCAAAUCCUCAAAUGCAUCACAACGUUUUACGGUGACACAGGCGAGAGAGAAACACCCGAGGAGACGCAGAGAACAUUGAAGUGCGCUCUACCGAACACAAAACGUUUUUCUUUUUCAAACCAGUUUUUUUCAGUUUAAAGUGGGUUUUCCAGAAUAAUAACUUACCGGCUCAAUUGAAUUUUAAUGAGAUGAAUCUGAAAUUUUUCAGGAGAAGACAAAAAAGUUUAUAGGAAAAAUGCUAUUUUACCGUGUAAAACAAUUGAGAGCUCUCAGCUGAAGAUGGCAGAAAAUACACAUUAAAUUAAAUAAAUGAUAUACAAUGCUAUAAAACAUAAAUAGUUACAUGGGAUUUCAAUUAUUCUCAUUGUUCUCCCUGAUUUUCGAAAGCGAACGGCGAAAUUGGCGAUAGUCAUCACAGGUUUCCGGCAUUCGCCAUCACUCAAAACGCAAAAUCGGCGGGAUUUUCGAGACUUCCAAUUGAAUUCGUCCUCAAGCGCAUCAUAUUUUCAAUCAAUGGCCAUUUAUCAUUCAUUUUGUUGAAUUCUCACUUUCCGAUUUGCAUCAUCAACAGUCGCUUGAACAGUUCACCUCUUAGCAACACCAGGAAAAUUUCACAUGCCAUUUUCAGCAGUUGUUUCAUAUUCAAUAAAUUGAGCAAGUGGACGGUCAUCAAUAACUCGAAUGACACUUAGCAUUUCCUCAGCUUGAUGAAAAUAACAGCAAUUCGAUUCCGAGAGUAUGAUUGGUUUGCUGGCAGUUUUGUCGAGAUUGAUGGUGGGAAACUUUCGGUUUGGAUGUUGUCAAAUCCUUUAUUCCUCAUAAUAAUCCUAUCUUUAACCGCUUUGAUACAAUAAAAUCUGAAAAAAACAUAAAAUUGGGGAAUGUUCAAAAUAACAAGUAAACUGACCUGUUUUUCGUGUGUAGAUGACAAAAUCGACGUUCCGUACCAACCCAACAUGCUGAAAAAUGUUCUACAGUUGAACAUAUAACUUAUUAAUCGAGAAAACAUCGAUAAUCAGCUGGAAAGCAGAACAAAAACGGAAAAAACAAAAAAAUGAAUUUCGAAAAUGAAAAAAAACUGGUGCGAACAGUUCGCUAGAGCGCACUUUCUUUCUUUUUUUCUCUGCGCCCUCCAAAAACGAAAAACUCUCACCUGUGUCAUUUUUGUUCAGGCUUAAAACGUUGUGGCAUUUUGUUUUCAUCAUUGAAAUUGGAGUGGACAACCAACAUCGGCUCACUAAAUUCCGAAAUCUCUUGCGAUCUGAAAUUUCUCUGGGUCCUAAAAAGAAAAAUAAACUCCCUCUUACCUUUAAUUGAGAGCUCUCAAUGAAGACAGACCGAAUACAAAAGAAAAUAUUUCGAGAAAUGAGCGUCCAACCUGAAAAAAAGAGAUCUAGCGUGAUUUUUUUCGACAAAAUCCAAAAAAAAAUUCAUUUCAAAAAUGUUUUUCUUGAAAUGUGGCUGCCAAUCGAUAUAAAACAAAAAAAAUCGUUGAAAUCCCGCGCGUGAUCUACACUAUUCACAUUUUUGCGGGUCUAUGAUUUAUGAAUUUAAAAAUCAGGUUUCAGCUUGAAAUGGAUUCUUGAAUUUGAAAUUUACCAAAAAAUUAUGAAAAUGGUCUCUGAAAUCACAAUUUUCAGAAAAAGCACAUUUUCUUAAAAAAUCCUAUCUCUUCAGAUUCACAUGCUUCUCCCACUCCAGUGGCCUAAUCAAAGCGACGAGGAACCCGAAGCCGAGCCCGCAUCAAAUCAGGAAUCCACGAGUUCCGAUGCUCCCAACAACAACAAUCAAGAUUUAUUGCUCGAAAACAACAUCCGAAUCAACGAUUAUAAUCGGCGAUUUUCGAGAAACCGCCCGAUUUUGGAUUAUAUUCGAGAUGUUCCAGUUUUGGUGCCGUAUGUGCUUCGCAAUUUUAUGAAUAACGAUAUUUUUACCAUGGUUUAUCAGUGAGUUUUUUGUUUCCCGGUGGCCUAGAAAUCCAAAAACCUUCCAAUUUGCAGAGUCCGAGUGGCCGUGAUCAUAAUCACCGUAAUUCUCUACUUCCUGAUACCAAUGGACGUGGUGCCCGAAGGUAUUUACGGUCUCGUCGGAUUCUUCGACGAUUGUAUGAUCGGAUUCGUCGUCAUUGGAUAUUUGAUUCGAUUUUUGCGCGACUACAUGGCUCGACGAGGCCUAGUCGGGCCCAAUAAUAUGGCAGACGAUGGUCCGAUUAUACUUCCCGAUGAGGACGUGGAAGAUGAAGACGUGGAGGAUGAAGCUUCUGAAGACGAUUCCGAGGAGCCCCCAAAUCUCGACUACUUAGACUGA